UUGCUGCCGCGAGUAGGAAGCGCGAGCGCCGGGCGCCGGGCUGUCAGUGAGCGUGGGGCCAGCCAGCGAGCCAGAGAGCCCGAGAGAGCCAGUGAGAGCAGCUCGGCUCCCAGCUCCGAGCAACGCAGCGCCGGACAGGCUCUCCUCGGCCACCGCCGCCACCACCCGCACCUCAGCACAGCCACCUCGGCCGCCGCCCCCGCCCACCCCGGCCCUCCCCGGCUGCUGCUCCCCGGCGGAGGCAAGAGGUGGUUGGGGGGGACCAUGGCUGACGUUUACCCGGCCAACGACUCCACGGCGUCUCAGGACGUGGCCAACCGCUUCGCUCGCAAAGGGGCGCUGAGGCAGAAGAACGUGCACGAGGUGAAGGACCACAAAUUCAUCGCCCGCUUCUUCAAGCAACCCACCUUCUGCAGCCACUGCACCGACUUCAUCUGGGGGUUUGGGAAACAAGGCUUCCAGUGCCAAGUUUGCUGUUUUGUGGUUCACAAGAGGUGCCAUGAGUUUGUUACUUUCUCUUGUCCGGGUGCAGAUAAGGGACCUGACACUGAUGACCCCAGGAGCAAGCACAAGUUCAAAAUCCACACUUAUGGAAGCCCUACCUUCUGUGACCACUGUGGGUCCCUGCUCUAUGGACUCAUCCACCAGGGGAUGAAAUGUGACACCUGUGACAUGAACGUUCACAAGCAGUGCGUCAUCAACGUCCCUAGCCUCUGCGGAAUGGAUCACACAGAGAAGAGGGGGCGGAUUUAUCUGAAGGCCGAGGUCACCGAUGAAAAGCUUCAUGUCACGGUACGAGAUGCUAAAAAUCUAAUCCCUAUGGAUCCCAAUGGGCUCUCGGACCCUUAUGUGAAGCUGAAACUUAUUCCUGACCCCAAGAAUGAAAGCAAACAGAAAACCAAAACCAUCCGCUCUACACUAAACCCUCAGUGGAAUGAAUCCUUCACCUUCAAAUUAAAGCCUUCAGACAAAGACCGACGACUGUCUGUAGAAAUCUGGGACUGGGAUCGGACGACACGGAAUGACUUCAUGGGUUCCCUUUCCUUCGGUGUCUCGGAGCUGAUGAAGAUGCCAGCCAGCGGAUGGUACAAGCUGCUCAACCAAGAAGAGGGUGAAUACUACAAUGUGCCCAUUCCAGAAGGGGAUGAAGAAGGCAACGUGGAACUCAGACAGAAAUUUGAGAAAGCCAAGCUCGGCCCUGCUGGUAACAAAGUCCUGAGCCCUUCAGAAGACAGGAAGCAACCGUCCAACAACCUUGACAGAGUGAAACUCACCGACUUCAACUUCCUCAUGGUGCUGGGGAAGGGCAGUUUUGGGAAGGUGAUGCUCGCUGACAGGAAGGGGACAGAGGAGCUGUAUGCCAUCAAGAUCCUGAAGAAGGACGUGGUGAUCCAGGAUGACGACGUGGAGUGCACCAUGGUGGAAAAGCGGGUGCUGGCCCUGCUGGACAAGCCGCCGUUCCUGACGCAGCUGCACUCCUGCUUUCAGACAGUGGACCGGUUAUACUUCGUCAUGGAGUACGUCAACGGUGGGGACCUCAUGUACCACAUUCAGCAAGUAGGAAAAUUUAAGGAGCCACAAGCAGUGUUCUACGCAGCAGAGAUCUCCAUUGGGCUGUUCUUUCUUCAUAAAAGAGGAAUCAUUUACAGGGAUCUGAAACUGGACAACGUCAUGCUGGACUCAGAAGGCCACAUCAAAAUCGCUGACUUUGGAAUGUGCAAGGAACACAUGAUGGAUGGAGUCACGACCAGAACCUUCUGUGGGACUCCCGAUUACAUUGCCCCAGAGAUCAUCGCUUACCAGCCGUAUGGAAAAUCUGUGGACUGGUGGGCGUACGGCGUGCUGCUGUAUGAGAUGCUCGCUGGGCAGCCUCCGUUUGAUGGUGAAGAUGAGGACGAACUGUUUCAGUCAAUAAUGGAGCACAAUGUGUCCUACCCCAAAUCCUUGUCCAAGGAAGCCGUCUCCAUCUGCAAGGGACUUAUGACCAAACACCCCGCCAAGCGGCUGGGCUGCGGGCCUGAGGGAGAGAGGGAUGUCAGAGAGCAUGCCUUCUUCAGGAGGAUCGACUGGGAGAAGCUGGAGAACAGGGAGAUUCAACCGCCGUUCAAGCCCAAAGUGUGCGGCAAAGGAGCAGAAAAUUUUGACAAGUUCUUCACACGAGGGCAGCCUGUCUUAACACCUCCAGAUCAGCUGGUCAUCGCUAACAUAGACCAGUCUGAUUUUGAAGGGUUCUCGUAUGUCAACCCCCAGUUUGUGCACCCAAUCUUACAAAGUGCAGUAUGAAACUCAAAAAUGAAAGAUCAAAUGCCUUCCCAGCCCCCAGGCCCCUAAGCAGUGGGAAAUUAUCCUUAACCCUAAAAUUUUAAGGCUGUGGCCUUGUAUUUUGUUCCAUAUAGAGGCCUAAAAAUUCUAGGGACAUUAGUCCAUAAGUGAUCAAUUUUUCAGGAUCUCUCUCUCUCUCUCUCUCUCUCUCUCUCUCUCUCUCUCUCUCUCUCUCUC